UUCUCUCUGACCAUUUUUUUUUAUUCUGAACAGGUUCGCCGUAUCCAAAUACUUUCUAAGCUCAAAGACUAAUCCUUUAAGAGUCCGAUCAGCGAACAGGGUAUUGCAACCCCUUCCUUGUCCUCUCACUGAAACAUGAGCUUUGAAUCUUAUCCUCCUCCAUUUCGCAACCUACUGAGCCACCCGGCCAAGAUCGUCGAUUUGGGUUGUGGGGCCCUCGACCUCGACUCAGAUCCUAUACCAGUCGUGGAUCUCCAGUGCCUUGAGCUUGGGGACUGCAAGCUUCUUGAGGAGCCUUGUAAGCAAUGGGGUCUUUUUCGUUUAGUGAACCACGGAGUUCCUGAAAGCCUUUUGAUUCAACUCCAAAACCUUGCCAGAACGUUUUUUUCACUUCCCUUUGAAUCCAAACAGGCCCUUACCACGAAUCCUUUUUCGUACUUCUGGGGUACUCCUGCCCUUACUCCGACUGGGGAUGCCGGAAAACUCCAGAAUAUCAAUCUGGUCGAAGGUCUCAACGUGCCUCUCAGUCAACUGCCUCGAUUUCAAACUGACGAUCCUAUACUUGCUUCUUUCUGCCAUUUGCUAGAAGAAUAUGGGAAGCAUCUAGCUAGAAUUGGCAGAACCCUAUUUGAAGGUAUGUCCAAGAACCUGAGUCUGGAUCCAAGUGACUCCAAAUCAAACUUAUCAGAAUCUACUGGUUUAGUACGUGUAUACCGAUACCCACAGUGGCCUACGAAAUCUAAAAACCAAAACAAGUCUGCAUGGGGAAUGGACGUGCACACUGACAGUUCAGUGCUGUCCAUACUGAACCAGGACGAGGUUGGCGGCCUUGAAGUGCUCAAAGACAAUCACUGGUGCACUGUGAAACCCAUUCCCAACACUCUGGUCGUCAAUCUUGGAGAUAUGAUGCAGGCGAUAAGCGAUGACAAAUACACGAGUGUGAAACACAGGGUGAAGGUGAACGAAUACAGAGAGCGCAUAUCAGUUUGCUACUUUGUGUUUCCUGGCGAAGGCAGUGUGAUUCGAAGCUCGAACUACAAGCCUUUUACAUACAGUGAUUUUCAAGGACAAGUGCAGCAAGACAUAAAGAGUAUUGGCUAUAAGGUUGGCCUUGACAGAUUUAAGCUUAGAGAUGUUUAGUUCUCAACAGAUUCUUUUGGUCCAAGUAACAAUUGUGAGUUGUCCUUAAGUGGCAACUGGCAAGCCCCUCUAGUGCUACUCAACUUGAAAGCUAAGCAUUAAUUUAAGUCCUAAAACUAAGUAUUUAGGUUUAUGUC